AGAAUUUAUCGGGGGUCAAAGAUCGGGGAAAAGUCCAUUGGAUCGAAAUAAUCUUAUACCAAAAGGAUGCUUUCAGCAUUUGACUUUUGACCCCAACAUUGCUCGCGAGAAGGUCGAGCCUGAAUUUCAGCUGACUUGUGGUUCUUCAAAAUACUGGAAUAGGUUUGCUUCAUAUUUAUCUUGUCUGGGGCCUUAAAUAUGUCUCGGAUAAGAAUUCCCGGUAAAUUACCAUAUUUACAGUUUUCCCCAUUUUACAAAGGAGCUCCUCAGCGCAGAUUAUUUUUCCCUGAUUGGUAUGUGAAGUUGGUAAAACCUUAUGUGAAAAUGCCAUCAGAUUAUGUGAGAUUUCAUGUUCCACACGACAUGACAAAAUACGACUUGAAAGAAUAUCUUGAAAAAAUAUACGAAAUACCAGUGGCUAGUGUUGAAUUGCGACCUGUUCAAUGGGGAAGAUAUCAAGAUGAAUCGAGAAAAUGGUGUUUUACAGAUCCUUAUAAAAUAGCACAUGUUCGCUUGGGGAAAGGCAUGCAAUUUGAAUACCCGGAUCUUACACCAACAGCUGAACAAAAGGAUGAAAAUCCAGAUGAUGUUACUAUGUUUGAGAGAUCACAAAAAGAACUUGCUAAACAAAAACCUAAAGCAGAUCCUAUGGACAUUGAAGCUAAAUUAAGUAAAGGAAAUUCAUGGUUUCAAUGACACCAAUAAACACUGCAUAGUUCAUAUAUGUACUCCAAUGGCUGAUAAAUUAUCCAGGUGGGGAGAGUGCUAUCCUCUUUUGAUUCACUUAUGAAGAAAGCAACCUUUUUUUUUGUGCCUAUAAAACCUGUAUGAAUGGCACAAAGUAUGUGUAAGAUCGGUCAUAAAUGAAGGAUAUAUCUUUUUCAUAUUAUUUAAUAAAACGAAUAACUAAUUUUAAA